CAACACCUCUGUUUUCUUUUCUUCGUUUACAUUUUUUUCUUUGACCUUCGUUUAUUUAUUUUUUCCUUGCUAUGAAGUUAGUUACCGUCUCUGCUAUCAUAGCAACCCUUUUCGUUUUUACCUCUGAAGGAGUACUUCAAAGGGUACCCAUCAAGAAAACUAUAGAAACAGCGGCUGAAAAGCUCCAUCGCUACUCUCACACAGGCGAAUAUCUCACCCAAAAGUAUUUUGGAGCGCAACGCGGCCAAGCAUCCUUUAGCAAUAUUUUGCAAGCGGACGGUCAAGGACGUGUGGAGCAUGGUCUGCCGUUAUCCAACUAUUUAAAUGCUCAGUACUAUGGUGAGAUUGAGCUUGGCAACCCAUCUCAAAAAUUCAGUGUUGUAUUUGACACGGGCUCAUCCAACCUCUGGGUGCCAUCGGUUCAAUGCACCAGUAUUGCUUGCUUCCUUCACACUCGCUAUGACUCUAAGCAGUCAUCAACGUAUGUGAAAAACGGAACCGAUUUCUCUAUUAAGUACGGCACCGGUGCUAUGGAAGGUUUCAUCAGCCAAGACACGCUCCGUGUGGGUGGCAUUGAAAUUGAGUCACAAGGGUUUGCCGAAUCAACCAAGGAGCCCGGGCUUACAUUUGCACUUGCCAAAUUCGACGGCAUUUUGGGUCUUGGUUAUGACACCAUUUCUGUCCAGCAUGUCGUGCCCCCUUUCUACAACAUGAUCAAUCGCGAUCUGGUGGACGAACCGCUGUUUUCUUUCUGGCUGAACGAUGCCGGUAACGGCGAUGAUGAAGGUAACGGUGGCGAGCUGGUAUUUGGUGGUGUGGAUCCUUCCCACUACACCGGUGAAAUCACCUGGGCUCCUAUUCGACGAAAGGGCUAUUGGGAAAUCCAGCUUGAAGAUAUCAAGUUUAACGGCAAGAACGUUGAUCUUGAUCCUGUGGGUGCUGCCAUCGACACCGGGUCCAGCUUACUUGUUGUACCUACGGAUGUCGCCGAGCUUAUCAACAAAGACUUGGGUGCCACGAAGAACUGGGCUGGUCAAUAUGUGGUUCCUUGCGAAACCUUGAGCAGUCUUCCGGAAUUCUGUUUGGUCUUUGCUGGAAAGGAUUUCUGUCUUUCCAGUCAAGAUUACAUCCUUCAAGUUCAGAACCAAUGUAUUUCCGGCUUCAUGGGUAUGGAUAUCCCGGAACCUGCAGGUCCCCUCUGGAUUAUCGGUGAUGUGUUCCUCCGCAAGUUUUACAGUAUUUACGAUCUUGGCAAUAACCGCGUCGGCUUGGCACGAUCGGCCUAAAAGGGGAAUUCUUUUUUUCUUCGCGAGAUGCGCCCAAUGUCCGUUUGUUCCAAUCCUCCCUUCUUUUUUUUGCUUAUUUUCUUAUUUUCUAUAUUUGUACUAUUCAAUGCAUCACUUUUUUCGAAAUGCAAAUGCCAAAUAAAUGCCUGAAACAACUCUGUUAAGAGACAUGAUCGAUUUGAAUAUAUCCAAUUUUCUUAGGAUG